AAUCAGAUUUCGCUUCUCGUCGUCAUUGUGCGGACGAUUCAGUCGUUUGCUGUGAUAAGCAGCAUUUUACAGCUUAUUAAUGUUCAGUGCCUUGCACGAGAGAAACUUCUAACGCAGGUCCGGGACACCGAGGAACGAAGUCAAGCAUGGGUUCGGAUUGUAUGCAGCCCGGCAAGCGUGGCCUCACGGUGUCGGUUGCAGUGCUUGGUGGAGCGUGUCUAACGGUAAUGUUGGCUUAUCUGGUCUUCGGAGACAGCACUGAUGAGUCCGGGUUGCGAACGCUUCGGAUGGUGAGCAUCAUUUUUCGCCACGGGGACCGUUCACCCACCGACUUCUAUCCUAACGAUCCACAUCGGAAUCAUCACUGGACUGGUGGUUUAGGUGCCCUAUCUGAGAAAGGAUCUCAGCAAAUGUACCAGCUUGGCAAGUUGCUACGACCGCGAUAUUAUCGUUUGCUUCCCCCGAACGGAUUAUAUUCCAAGGAGCACAUGUCCAUAAUGAGCAGUUACGCCGAGCGAUGCAUAAUGAGCGCUCAGAGCUUUAUAGCCGGAUUUCUUCCUCCGCUGGAAAAUACUAAUCCCUUGCCCAUUCCAUGGCAGCCCGCUGCCGUCAAUGUAUUACCACGCGAUCGAGACACGAUUUUAGCUCAAAAGCAACCCUGUCCGAGGUACGACCAAUCGAAACAACGCCUGGUAGCCUACCCUCCGAAGGAUGUCCGGGAAUUGUACGAAAAGAAUGCGCCACUGUUUCGCACGCUAAGCCAAGGCACUGGCCAAAACAUUAGUACCAUUCUCGACGUGGAGCUGCUAUACAAUACGCUAGAGAUAGAGAAAUCGGCUGGUCUGGAAUUGCCAGACUGGACGGAAGGAAUUUUCCCGCAGAAGAUGCUUCCGAUUGCCGAACGCAGCUUGGCGCUGAUAACCGAGUUACCGUUGAUGAAAAAAAUCAAAGGUGGCGCGAUCGUGGCCGAGCUGCUUGAUAAUGCCAUUCGUCGACGAUCCGGCAUACUGAUACCGGAGCGAAACAUUUUCAUUUAUUCGGGUCACGACGUUACACUGGUGAACUUUAUGCGCGCUCUGAAUGUAAUCGAUCAGACGACCGGUAAACCGGACUUUUCGGCCACGAUUGCAUUCGAGUUGCACCACAGCAUUACCUUCGAUGACGAUUUUGAGGUGAAGAUGGUGUAUUACUUCAACAGUGAGGACAAGUAUCCGAAGGAGAUCGAAAUACCGAAUUGCGAAAGUCCUUGUUCGCUUACCAAGUUCGAACAAGUUAUGGAUACAGUGCGCUUGAGAAACUACGACGAAACGUGUCAGCUAGUUUGAAGCUCCAGAAAACGCGGUAAUGCAAGAGAGUGGCCACAUAAUUCAAUCGUCAAUUUGAUGUUAUUAUUCACACUCUGCAUUACAUUAAACUAGCCACAUGGGAUGUAUGCUAGCUUUUAGAACCACAAUACCAAACAGACAAUCUCAUUAGAAUCGCAUGCCAAAUGCCGUCGUCGUUAUACAGUUUAUAUUUAUUUUGUUAAGUUAUGUUCUUUUUCUAAUAAAGAAAAGAAGUGUUUGGAGAAAACAAAUGGAAGUACAGUACCAAAGACAAAAAGGAACAGUUCGAAAGGAACCAAAAGCGAUCUCAGAAACCAAAUGGCCUCAACAGGUUGCGUUAGCUACCGGUACUGGUCAAAUAAUGUCACUGAAGAAUGUUUCU